AUGAACACAAGGGGAGCGGGGGUAGAGGGAGGAGAAGCGUCCCAGGGUCCAGAUCGGGAACACGUUUCUGAGGAGGAGGUGAAGGAGGUGGUGACAGAGGAGGUGAAGGAGGAGGUGACAGAGGAGGUGAAGGAGGAGCUGACAGAGGAGGUGAAGGAGAAGGUGACAGAGGAGGUGAAGGAGGAGGUGAUGGAGGAGGUGACAGAGGAGGUGAAGGAGGAGGUGACAGAGGAGGUGAAGGAGGAGGUGACAGAGGAGGUGAAGGAGGAGGUGACAGAGGAGGUGAAGGAGGAGGUGACAGAGGAGGUGAAGGAGGAGGUGACAGAGGAGGUGACAGAGGAGGUGAAGGAGGAGGUGACAGAGGAGGUGAAGGAGGAGCUGACAGAGGAGGUGAAGGAGAAGGUGACAGAGGAGGUGAAGGAGGAGGUGAUGGAGGAGGAGGAGGUGACAGAGGAGGUGAAGGAGGAGGUGACAGAGGAGGUGAAGGAGAAGGUGACAGAGGAGGUGACAGAGGAGGUGAAGGAGGAGGUGACAGAGGAGGUGAAGGAGGAGGUGACAGAGGAGGUGAAGGAGGAGGUGACAGAGGAGGUGACAGAGGAGGUGAAGGAGGAGGUGACAGAGGAGGUGAAGGAGGAGGUGACAGAGGAGGUGAAGGAGGAGGUGAUAGAGGAGGUGAAGGAGGAGGUGAAGGAGGAGGUGAAGGAGGAGGUGACAGAGGAGGUGAAGGAGGAGGUGACGGAGGAGGUGAAGGAGGAGGUGAAGGAGGAGGUGAAGGAGGAGGUGACAGAGGAGGUGAAGGAGGAGGUGACAAAGGAGGUGAAGGAGGAGGUGACAGAGGAGGUGAAGGAGGAGGUGACAGAGGAGGUGAAGGAGGAAGUGACAGAGGAGGUGAAGGAUGAGGUGAAGGAGGAGGUGAAGGAGGAGGUGACAGAGGAGGUGAAGGAGGAGGUGACAGAGGAGGUGAAGCAGGAGGUGAAGGAGGAGGUGACAGAGGAGGUGAAGGAGGAGGUGACAGAGGAGGUGAAGGAGGAGGUGACAGAGGAGGUGAAGGAGGAGGUGACAGAGGAGGUGACAGAGGAGGUGAAGGAGGAGGUGACAGAGGAGGUGAAGGAGGAAGUGACAGAGGAGGUGAAGGAGGAGGUGAAGGAGGAGGUGACAGAGGAGGUGACAGAGGAGGUGAAGGAGGAGGUAGAGGAGGAGGUGACAGAGGAGGUGAAGGAGGAGGUAGAGGAGGAGAAGGAGGAGGUGACAGAGGAGGUGAAGGAGAAGGUGACAGAGGAGGUGAAAGGAGGAGAGGAGGUGAAGGAGGAGGUGACAGAGGAGGUGAAGGAGGAGGUGACAGAGGAGGUGAAGGAGGAGGUGACAGAGGAGGUGACAGAGGAGGUGAAGGAGGAGGUGACAGAGGAGGUGAAGGAGGAGCUGACAGAGGAGGUGAAGGAGAAGGUGACAGAGGAGGUGAAGGAGGAGGUGAUGGAGGAGGUGACAGAGGAGGUGAAGGAGGAGGUGAUAGAGGAGGUGAAGGAGGAGGUGAAGGAGGAGGUGAAGGAGGAGGUGACAGAGGAGGUGAAGGAGGAGGUGACAGAGGAGGUGAAGGAGGAGGUAGAGGAGGAGAAGGAGGAGGUGACAGAGGAGGUGAAGGAGGAGGUGACAGAGGAGGUGAAGGAGGAGGUGACAGAGGAGGUGACAGAGGAGGUGACAGAGGAGGUGACAGAGGAGGUGAAGGAGGAGGUGACAGAGGAGGUGACAGAGUACCUGUGGCCAGUCCCCGUUGGGCAGCUGUCUGUGGACCAGCAGACGCACUCCUCUCUCAAUGGCUUCAUGGUCCGGAUGCCUGAGGAAGAUGACAUCAUCAUCGUCUCUCUCUGGGCCCAGCAGGUGUUGUGGAUCUGA